AUGCGUGUACUCAACAUAUCUCUACUCGUUGCCGUACCCAGUGCUGCUUCUCUGGCGCCUAUUUACAGGGAUCCGAUUGAGAACAGUUACUUAGUGAAAAUUAAGGAUGACCAAAAUAUUGACCAGUUUGUAAAGAAACUACCGGUACUCCGAAUGUCAGUGACCAAACGUUACAAAUCUUUCAACGGUAUUGCCAUCACUGCCCUACCCGAAUAUAUCAGCAUGCUUCAACAUAUGCCCGAUGUAGAAUACAUUGAACAAGAUGGUAUCUACAAAACAUCGGUUGAGUGGGGUUGCGAUCGUGAUGGUAGCGGUGCUCAUGUGUACAUCAUCGACACUGGUCUGCGUCACACCCAUCAGGAAUAUCAGAGACGCGCAAGCUACUUCUGGGAUUUUGAGGCGUCUAAUGGAGGUGACGAUUGCAAUGGCCACGGUACUCAUUGUGGAGGUACUUCUGCUGGAAUUGCGGUUUGUAUCGCUACGUCUGCUAGUCUUUACAGCGUACAUGUCUUGAAUUGUAUGGGAGCCGGAUCAACCGCUAAUAUCGUAGAUG